CCGGGCUCCGGGCUCUGCCGCCGCCGCGGCUCAGUCCGCCCGUCCCGAUGCUGCUGAGCGGAGCGGCGGCGGCGGAGGGGGGCUCGGAGCGGGGCCCGGCCGGGGCCGGGGCCGGGGGGGCGCCGCAGUGCGUGGGCAGCAUGGCCCGCUGGCUCCGCGAGCACCUGGGCUUCCGCAGCAACAAGCCCGCGCCGCCCGCGCCGCCCAAGCCCGACUACCGCGCGGGGCCCCCGCAGCCCCUGCCCCCGCCGCCGGGCGGCGCCGCGCCCCCCGCCCCGCCCGCCGCCGCCGCCGCCGCCGCCGCGCCCCCCGACAUCCUGGCCGCCUACAAGCUGCAGAAGGAGCGCGACUUCGAGGACCCCUACAGCGGCCCCGCCGCCCCCGCCGCCGGCCCGGACGCGCGCUACGGCUCGCCCAAGCACCGGCUCAUCAAGGUGGAGGCGGCCGAGAAGGCGCCCGCCGGCCCCGCCUCGCCGCCCGCCUCCCCCCCGCCGCCCGACCACCCCGACAAGGUGAUUGUGCUAGAAGACUAUGCAGACCCCUUUGAUGCUACACAAGUGGCUGGUGGCCAGGCAGCACAGGAGAAGGUGGCAGAGAAUGAUGGCUACAUGGAGCCCUAUGAGGCGCAGAAGAUGAUGGCUGAGAUCCGCCAGAAGGGCUCCAAGGAGGCCCCCGCCCGGCCGCUGCAUCUGUAUGACACACCCUAUGAGCCAGUGCCCAAUGGGCCAGAGGUGGACAGUGAGCGUUCGGCCUGCCCACGGCCCAGGGAGUCCCGCCUGCCCCAGGAUGAUGAGCGCCCACCCGAGGAGUAUGACCAGCCCUGGGAGUGGAAGAAGGAGCGCAUCUCCAAGGCCUUUGCAGUUGAGAUCAAAGUGAUCAAAGACCUGCCAUGGCCACCCCCUGUGGGACAGUUGGAUGGCGGUGCCAGCCCCCCUGAAGGUGAGGCCGGCCCCCUAACUCCUGCACAGCAUGGCCCAUCCCAGCAGAGUCAUGAGGACACCAACGGACAGUGUGAGGGGCCAGGCCGCAGCCGCACAUCACCCUGCAGGGAGGAGAAGGCCAGGGCCUCCCACCGGCACGGGAGCAGCCAUCUCAAGGCUGCCAAGGUGCCAAAUGCUGAGCCUGGCCUGGUCAUUGGGGAGAGAAUUGACCCAGCCCUGCCGCUUGAGAGCCAGUGCUGGUACCAUGGGGCGAUCAGCCGGACGGACGCCGAGACCCUGCUGAGGUUGUGCAAGGAGGCCAGCUACCUGGUGCGCAACAGUGAGACCAGCAAGGACGACUUCUCCCUCUCCCUGAAGAGCAGCCAGGGUUUCAUGCACAUGAAACUCUCCAGAACCCAGGAGAACAAGUACAUCCUGGGCCAGCACAGCCCCCCAUUCGACAGCGUCCCUGAGAUCAUCCACCACUAUGCCAGCCGCAAGCUGCCCAUCAAGGGCGCUGAGCACAUGUCCCUGCUCUACCCAGUGGCCAUCCGCACCCUAUAGUUCUUCAACUGCAGGGAGACACCCAGGCAGCCUGGCCUGCCAGCAGCUCUUCCCAGGGCACCCAGGAGAGCUGGUAUCCUGGCUGGGGAAGGGCUCCGGACCACAGGCCCAAAAACAGGUUCAUUGACUAGCUGGGCCAGGCACUGGCAUGACUGGACUCCUCUCUCUGAGCAUGUGAGUGGGCUCUGUCCCAUUCCUGGACUCCACAUGCAUUAGCAGGGUGCCUGGGGGGCACAUCUCAUCUGGAUGUAGCCAGGAGGAUGCGGAGAGCCUGGCCCGUGAGCCUCUGCACUUGCUGCCUGCCUUGCUGUGAAGCUGGUUGGGCUGCUGGGAGGGCUGCCUACAGUAGGAGCUUGGAGGAGUCCCAGGGGACACCCAGGGCCAGGAGGAGAAUAGAGCGAUAAUUUAGUGGUAAGGCAGGUCAGAGACGUUUGUGAGGCACUGAUGCCCCUGGCAGUGCUGGCCCUGCCCACCCACAGUGUGAAGGAGCUGUUGUGUAUGUAGCCGUCAUGUAUACCCGGACCCCCACUGACACCCCCUGCCCCUCACUCCCUCCAAUGCCCCCAUGAACUCCUGACAGUCUUCUCUACAGGAGGAACAAGAGAGCCCUGCUGGGGUGGCAGGGGGCCAGGGAACAGGGCCCUCACUUGCCUGCAGCCCCCAGCAUGAGGAUGGACACUGGGAGCAGAGCACAGGUCUCUCACCAAGGGGAGAUGGCUGGGAGGGGAAGGGGGAGGGGGCACUACAGCGUCGUGUCCAUGUGUGCACUGGUCACUCGCUGUCCUCCAUUGCCAAAUGUACAUACUGAAUGUCUGUGCUGUGUGCGAUGUACCAGCACCCAAUAAAACAGUGCAAAGCCUC